AGCAAAGAAAACUAUUCCAGACAAACCCACAUAUAUUCCUUUUUCCUUACAGAGGGAAAAUGAUCCCAUCUGAUCUCGAAAGAAGAAUCCUUGAAGUCAAACAGAAGGGAUUUGUUCCUUUCCUUGUGAGUGCCACAGCUGGAACCACUGUGUAUGGGGCUUUUGAUCCCCUCUUGGCUGUUGCUGACAUUUGCAAGAAGUAUAAGAUUUGGAUGCAUGUGGAUGCAGCUUGGGGUGGAGGGUUGCUGAUGUCCCGGAAACACAAAUGGAAGUUGAGCGGGGUGGAGAGGGCCAACUCUGUGACAUGGAAUCCACACAAGAUGAUGGGUGUCCCUUUGCAGUGCUCAGCUCUCUUGGUUAGAGAGGAGGGACUGAUGCAGAGCUGCAACCAGAUGCAUGCUUCCUACCUCUUUCAGCAAGAUAAGCACUAUGACCUGUCCUAUGACACUGGAGACAAGGCCUUGCAGUGUGGACGCCAUGUUGAUGUCUUUAAACUAUGGCUCAUGUGGAGAGCAAAGGGGACUACUGGCUUUGAAGCACAUAUUGAUAAGUGUUUGGAGCUGGCAGAGUAUUUAUACAAUAUCAUCAAAAACCGAGAAGGCUAUGAAAUGGUGUUUGAUGGGAAGCCUCAGCACACAAAUGUGUGCUUCUGGUUUGUACCUCCCAGUUUGCGAGUUCUGGAAGACAAUGAAGAGAGAAUGAGCCGCCUCUCAAAGGUGGCACCAGUGAUUAAAGCCAGAAUGAUGGAGUAUGGGACCACGAUGGUCAGCUACCAACCCCUGGGAGACAAGGUCAACUUCUUCCGCAUGGUCAUCUCAAACCCUGCAGCAACUCACCAAGACAUCGACUUCCUCAUUGAAGAAAUCGAACGCCUGGGACAGGAUUUGUAAUCACCUUGCACAUCAAAGUGUUUAAAUUCUCUAGGUAGACAGUUAAGUUGUCACAACUGUGUAAAUGUAUUUGUAGUUUGUUCCAAAGUAAAACUAUUUCUAUA